AUGUCUGCUCCAGUUCUAUUGAAAAAUAGAACUUUUAGAGCUUCUAACGAACACCAUAUCUUUUUUCAAACGACCGAGGCAUCCGAGUGGAAUUUCUCAAACUUUGUCUCGUUUUUGAUUGAUACCGAAGAUAUGGACGCGAGGCCUGUGCUUGCCGAGAAGAUUUGGAUAAAGACUGUCGCAAAAAUAUUAUGCGACAAGUCUGUCCCUCAUGCCGUCCAAGAGUACAUGGACGAUAUUCUGGUGUACUACUACGCUGAACAUAACAACGAUGUUAUGAAAAGUGCGCGUAAGGCCUUGGAAGAGUUUUACUCUUUCAGGCUCACUAUAGUACCAAAACUAUCACUCGCCAGAUACGUUUCGAUGGCAUCCGAGGCGCUUGCGUCCAUCACAAUUUCUGGAAAGCGCGCUCGUGCCCUCGCAUCAGACAUGUUGUCUGAUGAACCGAGCCGUAAAGCUCGGAAAAUCGAACAUAUUGAUUUGACAAACGAACUGCUUGAUGGUCCAUCAGCAGCAAGUGGUCCUUCUAAUGCUUAG